AUGCCGCUCGCUUUACCAACUGCAAAUGCCGCCGCUGGUGGUGGUGAUAUCUCUCCACUUUUAAAAGCCGGCGUGAAACGAAUGGCUGGGGAAGAAGCCAACGAAACAACCGAAGCCAAAUCCAAACAUGACUCCAUUUCUGCUUCGCUAGAAAGAGAGACCAAACGAGCUAAAACGGACUCAGGGAUAUGGUUGCCGCCUUCAGUUUCUCAAAUCCCCAACCCACAAGAGUUCAAAACUACAACCUACAUGUCAGCCGUCCCCGUUGCCAUCGUCAACAACCCCACAGCACUGGUGGAGUUGGGUGUAGACGAAGCAGGCCGCGGUCCAGUUCUAGGACCCAUGGUAUACGGAGUCGCUUACUCUCUUGAACAUUUCCUGAAGAACUUGCAGCGCGAUUACGGGUUCGCUGACUCGAAGCAACUAACAGACGAGAAACGGCAGCUGCUAUUGCGUAUGAUUGAAGACGGAGACGAGGGUGGAACGCAGUUGAAUCAGAAUGUUGGGUGGUGCACCACGACCAUGACCGCCAAGGACAUCUCGCGGGGCAUGUUGAAGUCGGUCAGCAACGGGCACGGCACCUACAAUUUGAACGAGCAGGCGCACGACGCCACCAUCGACUUGAUCCGCCGCGUGUUGGCGCAGGGGGUCAAUGUGCGCCGCAUAUACGUCGACACCGUGGGCCCGCCCGUGACAUACCAGGCUAAACUCAAGAAGCUCUUCCCCACCAUCGAGAUCACGGUGGCGAAAAAGGCCGAUUCGAUUUACCCCAUCGUGAGCGCGGCCUCCGUGGUUGCCAAAGUCACGAGGGACUUGAAUUUGCAGUUUUUCAACCGGGAGAUGGAGCUUGCUCUGGGGAGACCACACAAGUUGGGGUCGGGGUACCCGAGCGAUCCCAACACAAGCGCGUGGUUGAAUGCCAAUGUCGACCCCGUGUUUGGCUGGUGUUUUGGGUUGAUUCGCUUUUCGUGGCAGACGGCCAAGGACUGCUUAAAGAGGCACAGCGCGGUGGAAGUGGUUUAUAGAGACGAUUGCUUCAAAGAUAAGGGGUACAAGGACGUCACCAAGUUGAUGGACACGGCGCAUUCGACGAGGGGAAAGAUCAAAAAGCUGCACUUCUGUAAUGACGAAGUAGACUGGAUGUAA